GCACCUGGCAGCCCGUAUGGGCUUCUCUACUCACACACACAACCCCACGGAGAGGUCACUCUCUCUUUCUCUCCACUCCGCCAAUCCAUCCGCACCCGCCACCAUGUCCGGCCUCCUCCGGUGGCGUCGCCUCGCCAACGCCGCCACGCGCGCCGCCUCCACCCUCACCGCGGCCGAGUGCUCCCCGGCCGCCGCGUCGGCUGCUGGCGCGGUUGCCCAGCCGCCGCCACCGCACCGGCGCCUCCAGGAGCGGCGCAAGUGGGAGUCCUCCUCGGGCUCCGGGGGCAGCUCCUCAUCCUCCACCGAUGAGCCCGAGCCGCGCCGUAUCCGCGCGGAGGCCCACUGCCCGCGCUGCUCCAAGCACAUGGACAUCCUCUUUUCCCACCGGGGCCCUCCGACCGCGGCCGCCGCCGCCGGCUACCAGGCGCUCAACCUCUGCCCUAAUUGCCGCAGCGCCUACUUCUUCCACCCCCACGUACUAGCGCCGCUCCAGGGCACCUUCGUCGAGAUCGGCCGCGUCCGGGCCGACCUCCUCGACCACCCCGCCGCCAGGGCCAGGGAGAGGGACCCUGUCUUCUGGGAGGCUAUCAGGGCCAGCUCCUCGUCGCGCGACGACGGGGAAGGCGGCGGCGUCGCCGUGCACGUCCCGCCCGGCCCGCCCUUUCACCCCAACCUUAACGUCGUCCGCGUUGCCGGCAGCGGCGGCGGCGGGGGAGGUGGCGCUGGCGACGAAGGUGCGGGGAAGGAGGGCUGGGGUGGUUCCAAUCUCGGCAGGGAUUUACCCACGCCCAAGGAGAUUUGCAAGGGGCUCGACAAGUAUGUGAUUGGGCAGGACAGAGCCAAGAAGGUGCUAUCUGUUGCAGUUUACAACCACUAUAAACGGAUAUACCAUCAAUCUUUACAAAAGGGUAGGUCUGGAGCAGAUUUGGGUGGUUUUGAUGGGGAAGCUGAUGACGACAACAAUGUGGAACUAGAGAAAAGCAAUGUCCUGUUAAUGGGACCUACUGGCUCUGGUAAAACUUUACUUGCAAAGACAUUAGCUCGUUUUGUGAAUGUACCAUUUGUAAUUGCUGAUGCAACGACAUUAACCCAGGCAGGUUAUGUAGGAGAGGAUGUAGAAUCUAUAUUAUACAAGUUACUCACGGUGGCAGAUUUUAAUGUGCAAGCAGCACAGCAAGGGAUGGUGUACAUAGACGAGGUUGAUAAGAUCACAAAAAAGGCUGAAAGUCUUAACAUCAGCAGAGACGUAUCUGGUGAAGGUGUUCAGCAGGCAUUGCUGAAAAUGCUGGAAGGCACGAUAGUCAACGUUCCUGAAAAAGGAGCAAGGAAGCAUCCUCGUGGUGAUAAUAUACAGAUAGAUACCAAAGAUAUUCUUUUUAUAUGUGGUGGCGCUUUCGUGGAUUUGGAGAAAACUAUAUCGGAGAGACGGCAGGAUUCUUCUAUUGGCUUCGGCGCACCAGUUCGUGCAAACAUGAGGGUCGGUGGCACUUCAAGUGCUCAAGUGACAUCGUCCUUGUUGGAAUCGGUUGAGAGUGGUGAUCUAAUAGCUUAUGGACUUAUCCCAGAAUUUAUUGGACGUUUCCCUAUCCUUGUGAGCCUCACCGCUCUAAAUGAGGACCAGCUUGUUCAGGUUCUCACUGAGCCAAAGAAUGCCCUGGGUAAGCAAUUCAAGAAAUUGUUUAGCAUGAAUGAUGUUAAGCUUCACUUUACAGAUGGUGCACUUAGAAUAAUUGCCGAAAAGGCGAUGUCAAAAAAUACUGGUGCACGGGGUUUAAGAACCAUCCUUGAGAAUAUUCUCAUGGAUUCUAUGUAUGAGAUUCCAGAUGCAAAAUCUGGGGAGAAGCGAAUUGAUGCAGUGGUUGUAGAUGAAGAUGCAGUAGGAUCAGUGGACCAACCUGGCUAUGGAGCCAAGAUUCUUUAUGGUGACGGUGCUUUGGAUCAAUAUCUAUCCCAUAUAAAGGUGGCGGGAGAUGGAGUCGCAAGCGAAAUGGAUGGAGAAGCUGAGCUUUCACCAUCCCGAGCCAUUGGCAUGUGAUUCCUGGCUCUGACCGCACUAGUGUAACCUGUAAAAUCUAAUCCCAGUUGUAUCCAUGUAAGUAGCAGCCUUGUAAAUGAAAUAAAUAUGUGCAGCGUCCAUUGUUCCUUUGACACCUGACACACGUUGCCCGGCAGCGCUCACGCCUUGCAUGAUUUGAAGCAGGAUUCGGAAGAGUGUAUUCGAGCAGGUUCAUGUAUGUACCGUCAGUUAUGAAAUUUCCUAUAAGUCCCAGUAGACUCCUUGUGUCUAAUUGGAAGAAAAAAUUGAUAAAA